AUGACUGACGUUGAGAUGGCCGAUACCGUUGUGGCUGCGUCCACCAAGGGCGAGAGACUCCCCAUCACUGUCUCCAAGCCCAGUCCCUACACAUUCGACCUAGGACACCUCCUAGCCGACGACCCCAACCCCCUCGAACUCCCCACAACCCAAACCCUAAACGCAAGCCUGAAAGCCACAGCCCGCGACGGCACCCAAUGCCUCCUCAACCAGCUCCUGACAGCCUGCCCAAUCACCACAAACGUGAAGGACGGCGUUCUUCUCAGCCUCCCAGCCCCAAACAUCAUGCUUCCCCGGCACAAGCCCCUGCCAACACCCAAGCCCCCCACGAAAUGGGAGUUGUUCGCACGCAAGAAGGGUAUUGGCAAAUACAACCAGAAGCCCGGUGCCGCCGGUAGAGACAAGGAGCGCCGCCAGAAGCUACAGUACGAUGAGGAGAGUGGCGAGUGGGUCCCGCGCUGGGGAUACAAGGGCAAGAACAAGGACAGCGAGAACCAGUGGCUUGUUGAGGUUGACGAGAAGAAAUGGAAGAAGGAGGAGGAUGCCGCUGCCAAGGGUGGUUCUAUCCGUGGCAUGUCGCGCACUGAGCGGAAGGAGAGGAUUAAGCGUAAUGAUCGCAAGAUGCGGUCUAACGAGUCGAGAGCCAAUAAGAAAUAA